AGCAGUCUGAUCUCAACCAUGUCAAACGAACGCACCCCUCUGAUCACCUCCGGGGUCUGCGGUCUGGCCGUGACCGCAUGCGGCGGGGGGUCGGACGCCACCCCCGAAUCCGGCUCUGGCACGCCAACGACAGACCCUCAGAAACUGAACACCUUUUUCGGGGUGAUGGUGCCGACCAUCCUCUCCAUGUUCAGCAUCGUGCUGUUCCUGAGAACCGGGUUUGUGGUCGGUCACGCGGGGCUGUUGCAAGGUCUAUUAAUGGUGAUUGUGGCCUACACGAUCAUAUCUCUCACAAUACUGUCCAUCUGUGCCAUUUCCACCAACGGCGCUAUACAAGGCGGUGGCGCCUACUAUAUGAUAAGUCGGUCUCUGGGCCCGGAGUUUGGAGGAAGCAUAGGAUUGAUGUUCUUCUUGGCCAAAGUGUGUGCAUGUGGGGAAUACGUUCUUGGUCUCGUGGAGGCGAUACUUGACGUCUUCGGCUUUGAUCCUGGUAUGUUUUCGAUGUGUCCUGUGGCGCAGGGGAUACGCGUGCUUCCUCAGACUUACUGGUACGCGGUGCUGUACUCCUCAGUGGUCCUCCUGCUGUGUCUGCUCGUGUGUCUGGUCGGCGCCAAAAUCUACUCCCGCACCUCCUUCGUCAUCCUGCUGUUGGUCACCGUGUCCUUGCUGUCUAUUUUCAUCAGCUCCGUGGCGGUCAAACCUCGAGAUUUCCUCAUCACCCACAAGGGAUCUGGCAACAUGACUCUCCGAUACAACGCCAGCUACACGGGCUUCAGCGCCACGACUCUGAGGAACAACCUGGGCUCUGGUUACUCUUUGGACUACAGCACCAACACUGUCAUGUCCUUUUCCACCGUGUUUGCCGUCAUGUUCACCUGCUGCACCGGGAUUAUGGCCGGAGCCAACAUGUCAGGAGACCUGAAGACUCCGAGUAUUUCAAUCCCUAAAGGCACCAUCGUCGCCGUCUUCUACACCUUCACAGUCUACGUCCUCCUCUUCAUGCUGGUCGGCGCCACCUGUGACAGGACCCUGCUGAUCCAGGAUUACGGGUUCCUCCAGAGGAUAAACAUCUGGUCGCCGUUAGUCACCAUCGGGAUAUACUGCGCUUCUCUGUCCGCUGCGAUGUGCUCCAUGAUCGGGGCGUCCCGUAUCCUGCACGCUCUCGCUCUGGAUCAGCUCUUUGGUUUGCCAUUAGCUCCAGCUACCAUCACAUCCCGCUCGGGGAAUCCCUGGGUGGCCGUGUUGUACACCUGGGGGCUGGCACAGUGUGUGGUGUUCGCUGGCCAGCUCAACGCUGUAGCAAGCCUGGUGACGGUUUUUUAUUUGCUUGCCUACGCUGCUGUUGACCUGGCCUGUUUGGCUCUUGAGUGGGCGUCUGCACCAAACUUCAGACCCACCUUCCAGCUGUUCUCCUGGCACACCUGCCUGCUGGGCAUCCUGAGCUGUCUGGUGAUGAUGUUCGUCAUUAACCCCGUGUACUCGUCGGGCAGCAUCGUCCUCCUGUUGCUGCUGCUGCUCUUCCUCCACUACAGAUCGCCCACCAGCAGCUGGGGCUACAUCAGCCAGGCCCUCAUUUUCCAUCAGGUGCGUAAGUAUCUGCUGAUGCUGGAUGUGAGGAAGGACCACGUGAAGUUCUGGCGGCCGCAGAUGUUGUUGAUGGUAGCCAACCCUCGCUCCUCCUGUCAGCUCAUCCUGUUCAUCAACCAGCUGAAGAAGGGAGGCCUGUAUGUGUUGGGCCACGUGCAGCUGGGAGAUCUGGACUCCCUGCCGUCAGACCCGGUGCAGCAGCAGUACAACUUCUGGUUGAGUCUGGUUGAUAAACUCGGGGUGAAGGCCUUUGUAGACCUGACGCUGUCUCCCUCCGUCAGACAGGGAACACAGCACCUGCUGCGCAUCACGGGCCUCGGUGGCAUGAAACCCAACACACUGAUUUUGGGUUUCUACGACAGCUGCACCCCUGAAGACUUCUUCCUGCAGGACUCUGCUUUCUGCGACGCUUCUAUGCAACAAGGGAGUGAGGGCGAAUAUAAUUUCGGGGUUGAUCUGCCUUCAUUGCAGGCCCACUUCCCCCCGGUCCGACACGUCGAGAGCCCGCGCUGGCUGUCUCCAGAGGAGUACGUAGGGAUCAUUUCUGACGCCAUUAAAAUGAACAAGAACGUGUGUGUCGGCCGCUAUUUCUUCCAGUUGGAGGGUGAGGACAAGGAUAGCAAGGUGGACGGGUCAGAGCGCACCAUCGAUGUGUGGCCUCUCAACCUGCUGCAGCCGGGCAGCCGGGAUUACGAGGACGUGUGCAGCCUCUUCCUGCUGCAGAUGGCCUGCGUGCUCAACAUGUCCAACAAGUGGCGCCAUGCGAGGAUGAGAAUCUUCCUGAAUGUAGAGACCGAGUCCAGCGACCAGGGCUGGGUGGUCAACGAAGAGACGUUUCGGGAGCUGCUGAGGAAGCUGAGGAUCAGGGCGUCGAUAAAGAUCGUGCCAUGGGACUCUGUGGUGCAGCACCACGUCCAGCCGGACCAUGAGGAUCCUGCGGAGGCUAAACAAGCUCUGUCUGAGGACUUCCUGUCCGCAGUGAACAGUAUGUUGAUGGAGCACAGCUCGCAGGCCGCUGUUCGCUUCCUGUACUUACCUCGGCCCUCUGGUCCACGCAGCCAGGCACAGCAGUAUUUGGCUCAGGUGGAAGCAGUGACCAAUAGUUUGGGGCCAACGCUUCUAAUUCACGGCGUCACCCCGGUCACAUACACAGAUCUGUGAGCAUGAGCAGUGUUUAUUCAUGUUGUACGUGCAGCAAAGUCUUAUCUAUCUUAUCUACAUGUCCUAUUUACACAUAACCCACAGUCGGGAGUAACCGUUACUACACUAGCUUUUUCUGUUGCUACUCAAGCCUACAAAGGGUCAACAGUCUAGUCCAUUUUUUAAUUACGCCCAUGGAGGAGUUUGCAUUCAAAUAGGAUAUUUUCCUAUUUAGAUAUACUGGAAAUAGAUUGGCGAUCGGGCCGUGAAAUGGAGGAAACUUUACGGGCGGGAUUUAUGGUGAUAUAACCUCUGGUCUGCAUUAUCUUUAGCCUGGUCACAUUACAAGAGGCGGACAUUAGAAAUGUGUCUGACUCUUUGGAACAAAGCUCAAUUUGUUUUGAGCAAUAUGGGUUGUCUAGGAUUUAAUAUACAUGUCUAUAUAUUUAAUUUCAGGGGUGAAAUAAUGAGAUUUUGAUAACAAAUUGGGGAGACGUACAGUAUUUACCUGGUUAAGUAUUUUGUUAAUACAUAGUCAUUCGAUUCAUUUUUCGGUUUGUUUUUGAGUUUAAUUUAGUUUAGUUUUUUUAUGCCAACCUGUCUUUAAGUGGAUAUGUCUCUAGUCGUCAGAAGGGAACUGUUUUGUACAUUGGACCUCAGAAUUAUAACAGCAUUUUGUGCUGUUGUAUGUGUGUACUUGAAAAAUAAACUGGGAUUUUGUGCUUCAUGGUGCAAAAAAGGGUUACACUGAUGGUGAGUCUGUUACUCGUUAGGUGUUGGACCAAAAAUGAUUAGAAACAAAAGCUAGUCACAAAUCACAGAAUGAAAAGUUAGAGCUUUAUUGUGUACGUUAUGUUUUGUGACUGUUGGAACAAUAACAUUAAUGUUUUUAUUUAAACAAACAGGAAGUUACUGAGAAAACCAUCUGCACAGCUUUUAAGCACGUUUCAAUGUUGUGGUGAACGGUCGAUGACCAAGCUUAAAGGGGCUGACUCGUGUGAACUGUAACGGUUGUUAUUAUAUGUACAAACUAAACUGCUGGUUGUCAUUGUGGUAAAUAUUUAUGCAAAAUGUCCUGUGUAUCUUUGUCACUGUCAUACUGUAAAAUCCUAACAGAGAAUAUGUAUUUAAAAGAUUGCUUAAAUGCAAACUGAUUGUGUCCGAACAUCUGUCCAGUUUAAUAACAUUCAUAUUAAACUAAGGAUUCAGAUAGAA